AAAGUGUAUACAACAAAAGUCAGUGAGAAGGAAGAUUACGACGAUUACGUAAUAAGUAUUUAGAUACAUUCAUCCAACACUGAGGAAAGAGUAUCAGUUUUAGUCUUGGCUUGUGUCUCGUCAUACUGAGAGUGACACAAAUUUAAGCUUUUUAGGCCACCAACCAACCCCACAAAAAUGAGGUCCACCCAUAUUAGCGGCGUCACUCUCCUCUUCGUCUGUCUUUCCUCCGCUGCCCUCCUCCACGCAACUUCCGGUUUGCAGUGUUACGGUUGCGCCAAAAAUGAGCAAUCUGGUCGAUCCUGUGAAGACUUUAAGGACGCGGAUGACACCGAAAGAAAGACACGAUUCGCCAUAACAUGCUCAUCCUCGGCAACGGGUUGCGCCUACAUGAAAUUUAAUAUUGACAACGACCAGGCCAAAUUCGUCAGCGAAAGUCUCGAAUGUUACGUUCCAGAUGCGAAAUUGGUCAAAAUUUCGGAGAUGAAUGCCUGUGUAGAUACGGUGGAAGGGAGGUCCAUGUUUAAAGUGUGUGCUUGUGAUGGGGGCAAUUUCUGCCUGGAUGGCGCCGCCUCUCCGAGACACGUGGGGGGUGGAAUCGCCUUACUCCUCCUUAUCCCACUUUUUGCAACAGCGAUGCAAUAAGAAAUUCAACAAGUUUAAAAAUCUUCAAAAACUUUACUCUAGAAAUCUUGAAAAAUCUACACUGGAAAUUUUAGAAGCUACGAUAAUCUGGAUAAAAUUAGGAUUAAAGGAACAUUCCUUAAUAAAAAAAGUGCUAACCUUUUUCACAAACUUGUGCGAAAUACGUAAUGACUUCAUUAUACAUGUUUCUCCUACGUGGGCUGAAUUUGCAAUUUCUUUGCUAAAUAUGUUUUUUCAAUGUUCGUCCAUUUUUUAAUGGUUUGUUCGUGCAUGUCAAGCCGCAGUUAGAGUACGUAUAAUAAUGACGUUAUUUCCUUAGCUUUCCUAGAGGAGAUGAGAUGAGAAAUAGAUCCUCUGGUUUUCCAUCCGGUUCGGCGCCUGGUUUUCGUUUCGUGUUUCGGAUAAAGAAAUCGGGCAUUAGUCGACUCCAUUAAAAAGCCGUUCAAUCUUUUCUUAUCCUGAAUUUUCGGAUUACUCGGUGACAUUAAAAGCAUGGAACUAUGUAUCAGCAAAAUUUAUAUAAUUUGUUGCAAUUUUUGCGAGUCGAUAUUCAAUUUAACAAUUAAUAUUAAUUAUGUAACUUUCGCUAAUAUUUAUUUAAUUAUCUAUCAAACAAGUAGUAAAUACGCACGCAAAAAUUACACAGAAAAAUUUUCGGAUUAAGUAUUCUGGUGACUUUGAUAUUAAAAUGAAUUCCUCGUAAACUCAAUAAUUGAAAUUGAACCCAUGUUAUAGCUCAACACGAGUAUAUAUGAAUUAAUCAACAAAUAAAUAUCCACUCCAUGAUAAUUACA